UAAUGUCCCUACUCCCUACUCCAUUGUUUUCCAUAUAAAUUGGACCACAGAGCCAAUUACUUAAUCUCAUCAAACAGAAAAACUCAAGUCAUCAUCUAUUUCUCUAUCAUGUCGAUCAAGAGUGUUGUUUCUCUCCUAGUGGUCGUAUGCAUCGCAGCCUGCGUUAAUGCGCAGCUACCGCAGUUUCCCCCACUCCCAUUCCCAUUCCCGUUUCCAAAUCCAUUCCAGCCAAGUCCUGGUAUGCCAGGACUUCCUAACCCUUUCCAUCCAAACCCCGGUAUGCCAGGAAUGCCCGACAUGACCAAAUGUUGGUCAACAGUGAUGGAUUUGCCAGGAUGCUUUCAAGAGAUUCAACAAGCCGUAAUGACCGGCAAAUUUGGCAGCAUCGGUCCAGCUUGUUGUAAAGCUUUCCUUGACGCUGAAGCUAACUGCACACCGAAUCUUCCAUUCAACCCGUUUUUCCCUCCUAUGAUUAAACAAAAAUGCUCCAAAAAUGCUGCUCCUCCCACCACCGCACAUUAGGAUGCAAAAUGUAGUUGUGUUAAACAUUAUUUUCCAUAUUUUUUUUAGUCGUCCCAGAAUGUUUUAGACAAGAAAAAAAAAAAGAAGAAGAAACAAUGAUCUAAAUCUAAUAAUAAUGUCCCCUUUCCUAUCU